AACCUUUAACCCCUUGUCUUGUCAUACAGAUUGAAGAUGGACGAGGCAGAGAAGUACACACAGAGACUGCAGGCGAUCACUGAGAAGCGUCGUCUGCAGGAGGAACAGGAGAGGGCCAAGAGGGAGAUGGAGGAGGAGAGGCUGAGGCUACAGCAGCUCAAGAGGAAGUCUCUUAGAGACCAAUGGCUGAUGGAUGGCCCCUCUUCCCCAACAUCCUCAGAGCCUCGUUCCCCGCUGUGGGGCUCCCAGGUCCAGGAGAUGGAGCAACGCAUAGACAAGUUGCAGACAGAGAGUCAACGGUUAGCGGAGGAGGAGGAGAAACUGGAGCAGCAGAUGGAAGAUGGCCGAGCUAAUGCGGUGGUGGUGGAGGCUACAGCAGAAGCUGUCCAAGCAGUUAUCUUGGAGAAUGGACAGGAAGAAGUAGAGGCUGAAUCCGUUCUAGGAACAGUUGAGGCAGCACUAUUGGAACGAGCUGAGAUCCUCACCAAUGGGAGAGGAGAGGGGGAGGGGCAAGCUGCUACCCACGAUGCAUCAGAGGAGGGCGGACCGCCCAACGGCACCAACGGUCCAGUCACGGUCGUCCCUGAAGAUGGUGCCAUUACCAUGACGUUCCUGGGGUUCACGGAGGCGGAGCCAGUACUUGAGGAAGGAGGAGUGAUCAUGAUGCAAGCGGAGCGAGUGAUUAUCAAUGACGAGGGAGACGAGCUGGCAAAUGACCUUUCCUCUACGGGUCAGGAACAGGAUGUAGACUCGGUAGCGUCCAAUAAGAGCUCAGAAUCUCCUGAGGAAGGAGGAAUUGAGGAGGCAAAACCAGAGACAACUCCUGAAGAGUCCUCAGAAGUAGCAAAAGAGACUGAGGCAGACACAGUAACAGGAGGUUUAGGAGAAGGACAGAUGGACACAGUAACCAGAGAUUUAGGAGAAGGACAGAUGGACACAGUAGCCAGAGAUUUAGGAGAAGGACAGAUGGACACAGUAGCCAGAGAUUUAGGAGAAGGACAGAUGGACACAGUAGCCAGAGAUUUAGGAGAAGGACAGAUGCACACAGUAACAGGAGAUUUAGGAGAAGGACAGAUGGAGGGUGUGGCAAACGGUGGUGGAGAGGAAGAGGCACAGCCAGUAGAGGAAGCUCCUGUGUCUGACCUGCAGGUCCCAGAUGAUGGCGUUGUGGCUGCCGUUCCCAUCUACUCUGAGUCCUUACUCACCCCCAGGCCCGACGCAGAGGGAGAGGCUGCAGGCGAGCCGGCAGAGGGCGAUGUGGAAGUGAAGACUGAAGUGGAAGUCAAGGGGGAAGAGGCGGCCUCGGUGUCCCCGGAAUCAGCCAUCCUCCCUGGGGGCCAGUUCCUGGAGGUGUCCCUAGUGGAGCCCCGGACUGAGGCAGACCCUGAGCAGGAGCCCCUGCUGUUCCCAUCCAAGGCCCAGACGCUGGAGCAGGCUCCAGUCGCCCCAGAGACACUGACCGCUACCAGGGGAGAGGCGGAGGGAGGUGUCGGUGUGGCUCCCAAACGCCAGACCUGCCAGUGCUGCGCCGUCAUGUGAUCAAUCAUUUCGCUCUCUAUCUCUCUUCCAAAUUCUCCAAUGCUUUCUCUGUGUAAUACUACAAGAGGGACUUGACUCUGCCUCUAACACUGUGAACGAUGGGGGGGUGGUAAGAUGGUGUGUUAUUACUGAAGUGCCUUGUGGAUCUCCUUCCCUAUGAGUAUAGCUCAGUUACCCAUCCAGAGGUACCUGGGUUUUGUUCAGUAGGGUGAAGUGCUUUGAAAUGAAAAAUAAAGAACAGUGUUUUUCUUAUUGGACCAGGUUCAGGUAGGCCCACCCUGUUCAAGUCAUGAUUGAAUCCUGACCAGUACAGUAGGGAUGUGACAAAGGCCUGAGGAUUGUAUCAUGACCAGUACAGUAGGGAUGUGUCUGAAAGGCCUGAGGAUUGUAUCAUGACCAGUACAGUAGGGAUGUGUCAAAGGCCUGAGGGUUGAAUCAUGACCAGUACAGUAGGGAUGUGUCACAAAUGAAACCCUAGUCCUUACAAAGUGCUCUACUGUUGACCAGGGUCUAUGGUCUCUGGUCGAAAGUAGGUUACUGAGUGUACAAAACAUUAGGAACACCUGCUAUUUCCAUGACAGACUGACCAGGUGAAAGCUAUGAUCCCUUAUUGAUGUCACUUGUUAAAUCCACUUCAAUCAGUGUAGAUUAAAGAAGGAUUUUUAAAAAUGUUUUAUCCUUGAGACAUGGAUUGUGUGUGUGUAGCAUUGAGGGCAAGACAACAUAUUGAAAUGUUUUUGAACAGGGUUUGGUAGCAGGUGUCAGGCGCACCGGUUUCAGUGUCAAGAA